AUGUCGGUAUUCUCCAGCUCUACCGGGCUAGAUGCCACCGGUAAUCCCAUAGUCGAUAGGCCCCUUCGCUACCCGUGGGCAGCGCCGACUGGCGUUGGAGGUCCCUUCGUACCGUCCUAUGCCUUUUCAACUCCGGACCCAGCGAGUCGUGCUCGAGGCGCCACAACGGGCACGUCGGCAUCAGCAGGCCAAGCACACGCUCCAAGAUUUGGACAUGGAUUCCCAGCUUUGGGAAGUCCCCUCCCCGUCUCUACGGGCACGCCCUCCAUGUCGAUCCCGAAUCAGACUCGCCCACAGUCGACCAACCUCGUCGGCUCCCCACCAGUACCACUCGGUGCCUCACCACCACCUGCGUCGAACGUCUCGGCAAGAUCUUCCCCUCGACCCGCCGAUCGCCGUACACCGUCGGCACUCCUGGGCGGGUUCCCCAAUCGCAACAUCGUUCAGGCUUCGGGAUCUGGAGCAAAUUCUCGACGACAGAGCUCUGUGCAUACCACCCACCCCGGAACUACAGCUGGUUCGAUACCAAGAACGGACGUCCAGUCUCGGCUGUCCAGAGGGAACGGCUUCGCGAAUCCCUUAAUUGAGGCGGAGGACGCUGUGAACGAGUGGACCUUCUUCGUACGUGUACACAAUUGCGCACAAGGUCUCGUGGAGAGUUUCAGCUAAGGACAAAGGACUCCGCUUUGAACCCGCAGGGCGUGGAAUUCACAAUCACAGAUGUCGCGGCCCACGCAGAGGCCACCCGGAUCGCCACGGAGACAGAGUCCACCAGUGCCGGCUCGGCCAAUCGGGACCGUCAAGCCGAUCACGGUACCAGCCCGGGCUCGAUGGGAAUCGAACUGCUGAGCGCCAACUUUGGUGGCGAGCGUUGGAGGGUCGAGUUUUUGCGCCGACAAAGUCCCAACAUCUCGUCCAAGCUCACUCUGUUCCUUUCGUGCCAUCUCCUCGAAACGUCCUACUCGCCUGACGUGAUCCCCACUCAGUUGAUGCUGGGAAUACGCGAGCCGAGGCAGCAAGCGUCGAAGCGUGGUGGCUCGGAAACCUACCUCUGGCGCCACUGGGUCGACGAGUUUCAGUUUUCUCACGACAAUGAGUUCUACGAGACAACCGAACUUCCUUCCUUGCAGUCGCUGCUGGACAGAAGUGACCGGAUCCGCGAGCUCGACGCGUUCGUGCUCACGGUGCAAAUCGGUUCGCCAGUCGCAUCCUUCGCGCCACAGAUCCGUGACGCGCACCCCGUGCCGACGUCUCUUCUAGCGGGCGUCAAGAACUUGGUGGACGAUGAAGUGACGGGGGAUGUCAUGAUCUAUGUCGCAGAGUGUCUCCCCGUCGUGAUGCGGACUCCCAGCGGUGCCGACGAAACGCAUUCCAUCACCGUUGACAGCUCGGCGGUCGCUGCUCCGUCUACAAAUUUUCGAAAAAGGGUCAUCUAUGCGCACAGUGCGAUCCUCAAAGCACAAUGUUCCUACUUUGAUAGCCUCCUCACCGAAGGGUGGGCCGAAACGAGCGCGAACCAGACGCUGGGCAUGCGCAGGCGCAGCGUCCUCAAGAUCGAAGACUUUGACUUCAACACCGUCUACACGCUCCUGCACUACCUUUACACCGAUGAGAUUACGUUCCAAGACGUUGAAGACGUGCGCUUGCGUCUAUUCGACGAGCUGCCCUUGGGCUGGCUUGGUCCCCACCCCGAGCGCCUGCACUGGGCGUCGUUCACGGUGGAAGAAGCGGAAGGUUGGGCCGAGUCGGGCCACAGCUUCGUAGCCGAGACUUCUGGCAGAGACGACCGACCUUUGAGUGAUAUUCCAGAGACCACCGAUAACCGCAGAUCGAGCAAGACCGCAUCUCCUCUGCCCUCCAGGACCGAAGCCAAGGGCCGCCUUGCCCUGGGGAUCUCGCCCGUGUGUCCCAAGCCUCCUAUUAGCGCUGGGUCGGACAAGACGAUCUGCGCGCCGCCGUCCCCUUCUCGAGCUAUGUCGGCGGCGGGACGCAUCUCACCUCUGUUCGGCCCCCCCGGUCGCUCCCCACCUUCAAGUUCGAGGCCUUCGACAAGUCGCAGGUCUAUUGGGGUCGGAUCGCAUCUAAUUGCGACCGAGUCUGCCUCGGGUCACCGCGACGUGCUCGAGCCGACGGACCCUCAUCCGCACGCUGCUGGUGUGCAAGAACCCGGUCAGUCCCCAGAUAGAUAGCUCACGCUUACGAGAGCCCUCGAAAGCUCAUCGAAUGCGCUUGUGUUCUCUCAGCUUCUGCUCUGUCUAUGUACCGCAUCGCGCAUCGUUACUGCCACCCGGCGUUGCAAAAGCUUGCGUUGGAGCAGAUCGUCUACACUCUCACCCCGCGCACAGCUUUCCCCAUGCUGCUCUCGAACUACCUCUGGCCCGAAGUCUACGAAGCCGUCAAAUCCUUCACGCUCGAGCAUUUUGAGCUCGUCUCGGCCGACCCCGAGUUCGAUCGAUGCUACACCGAGGUGGGGGAAGGGUUGUGGGAGCACGGUGGAGCCGUCCUGCUCGAUUUGACGAGAAGUCUUAUGCCUGCGACUCAAUCUCGUUGGUCUUCGUGA